UUGUUGUGUGUAGUGGUCCAGUCUGUUUGUCCCCUGUUGGGUUGGACAAUUUUUGAUUAUUCGCCUGUUGUUUUGGGCGUUAUAUUGGAGGCCGAAAUAAAGUCCGGUUUCCUCAUUAUCCUCUGCGCUUGACUCCGCACCCACCACUCCAGGCUUUGUGACAGCUCUGGAUAAGAGCAUCUGUUAAAUGACUGAAGUGUCAAAUGCAAAUGUUACAGAUCUCAUAUUACUGUAUUGAUUCAUUUUGUAAAAACAUUUUGUAAUUAUUGAUGUCACAAAUGCAUCAUUUGUACAGUUCUUUAUUACAAAUGUCGUUAUUUGUUACUUUGACUAUGUAAAACCAGCAGUACUACUUAUUUCUCUGAGAGUGAGGCAGAUAUAUAGCAUUUGCAACAACAAAAAAUGCUUAUUUGUCACUGAAAUGAAACCAUCAAGGGAUAGAUGUCAUUGAACAACCCCAUGCCAUGAUUAGAUACUGAUAAAAAACACCAAUCUCUUUCACAAGUUCUUUAAACGAUGAACGCUAACUACCAGCAUUUGAUAUAAAGCAUUUUUGAGUGAAACUCUUUAUUUACUGAUUGCUUCAGCAAAAACAAGGUUGAUAAGGUUUAAGUAAACAUUCUGUAGAGGUGAAUGACACUGGUAGCCAUUGCAUUGCAUUUGUAAUUGAUUAGUAGCACACUGUUCUCUAUUCCCUGGGUCCUCUCCGUCACACACCCAGAGAGACCCAGAGAGACAGACAGCAUGAGGCUCGGGCUGAUACUCCUGCUAGCCGGGCUAGCUACUGUGUUUGCUGCAGAGGAGUCAUGCAUGGACCGCUGUGAGAAUGGCUUCGACUCCAAGAAGGAUUGCCAGUGUGACACCAUGUGUCGGUACUACAAGAGCUGCUGCUCAGACUACGAGACCACCUGUCAUAUGAAAACACGUGGGGACACCUUUGAAUUUGCAGAGGAUGAUGAUGGUCCAUUUACCCCUACAACGCCCACCUUCCCGACCCAACCUGAAGACAGGGAAUCCAGCUCCUCAGGGGGCCAACAUAGGCAACUCACACGCCUCAUAACCCCCAACACCACCCCUACUCUUGACAAAAUUGCCACAAAGAUAACCCCCGUCACAGAGCCAGCUAGAGGCACAGCUCGAGGCCCACAGAGAGGCCAGGUCCCAGGGGUAGUCCCACUCCCGGAGGCAGCUAAAGCCACCAAGGCACCGUCGGCAACACAGGCAGGUAGAGGCUCAGAUAGAGGCCAGUUCCCAGCGGUAGUCCCACUCCCAGAGACAGCUAUAGCCACCGAGGCAACAUCAGUCCCACAGACAACCACAGAGGAAGUGGUGACGACCACCAAGGCUCCGGUAGUAGACCCAGAUGCUGAGCCAUGCAGCAGCAGGCCCUGGGACUCCCUAAUGCAGCUCAAGAACGGCUCUGUCUACGCCUUCAGAGGGGAGUGGUUCUUUGAGCUGGAUGAGAAGUCGGUGAUGCCCGGCUACCCCAAACUGAUCCAGGACAUCUGGGGUAUCAGAGGGCCUAUAGAUGCUGCCUUUACACGUAUCAACUGCCAGGGCAAGACAUAUAUGUUCAAGGGUAACAAGUAUUGGCGGUUUGAUGAUGGUGUGCUGGAGGCGGACUAUCCCAGGGAUAUCAACGUGGGCUUUGAGAAGAUACCAGACGACGUGGACGCAGCCUUCGCCAUAGCAGCCCCUGGACACCACAGCAAAGAGAAGGUCUACUUCUUCAAAGGUGACCAGUACUACCAGUAUGAGUUCAAGCACCAGCCAUCACAUGAGGAGUGUAUCAAGAUGGCAGCUGGGUCUCCCUCCGCUCUGUUCACAGCCUACACUGACAUCUACCACAACAACUGGGAGGAACUCUUCAACAUGCUCUUCAGAGGCAUCCCCAACCACCAUGGUGGGCAUCGGUUCAUCAACAAGGACUGGAUAGGCAUCAAGGCCCCAGUGGACGCUGUCAUGACAGGGAGACUCUACAUCACCCCCAGGCCACUGGCCCCACCCCUGUUCCCACCCGUACCCCCUUUACGGGACCACAACGACGGGAGGCGCCAGCCAUGGGACCAACAGUGGGGGCAGUAUGGUCAACAGGAUCAGUUAAAUGGACAGCAAAAUGGACAACAAUAUGGACAACAAUAUGGACAACAAGGGCAACAAUAUGGACAGCAGUGGGAACAGCAGUGGGGCCACCGCAGAAGUAGGCGCCAGUCUUACUGGGGUGCCGGGACGGGAAUGGCUAUGGGGCAGGCGUUCGCAGAGAAGGGGAUGGAUAUGGGGAAACGAUUCGCUGAGAAGGGUAUGGAUCUCGGUCGGAAGCUGGCGGAAAGGAGGAUGGCUAUGGAGGGGAUGUUUGGAGGGUGGGACAUGCGCCGAACGGAUGCCAGGGAUGAAGACAGAGACAGGGAUAGAAGGAGGGAUGACCAGGAUAGGAGGAGGGAUGACCAGGACAGGAGGAGGGAUGACCAGGACAGAAGAGAUGGAUACAACUAUGACUCCAGAUACAACGCUGAGGGGAGGGCCUACUGGGAGUUUGUCAACAAGGGCCAGCCAGUGCAGAGCGUCUACUUCUUCAAGGGAGAUAAAUACUACAGAGUGGAUCUGAAGACCAAGAAAGUGGACCCAGCCAGCCCUCCUUACCCCAGGUCCAUUGGCAAGUACUGGCUGGGCUGCCCUGAAAAACACCUGGAGGCCGAGAAGAAAUAGAUUCACAACUGGAUAAAGAAACAUAUGCAGUAUGUCGAAACAUGUUUUACAUCAAAGACUCAAAUAGACAGUAAUUUAAAGCUGGAUAAUUAGAAGAAUCACUUGAAAAAUGAAAGGAGCCGCACACUCUAGGAGCUCCGAUGCAACACUUUAAUAACCUCAUAUCCAACAUUUCGAUAGACAAGCUGAUACCCUGAUGAAGACAGCUUGUCUGUCAAGACGUUGGAUAUUAGGUUAAUAAAGUAUUGCAUCGGAGCUCCUAGAGUGUGCGGCUCUCCUUUCAUUUUUCAAGCGUUCUACUCCGCUAGCCAGCGCCUCGCCUAAAUAGGUGUGCGUUUCUUUCGCCUCUAAAUUAGAAGAAUCACUUCACAAAAAUGUUCUGUUAUGAGGACAUUUCUCUUUGUACCUGGAAUACUUGCGUGUAAUACUUUUAUAAUUAAACAUUUUCUAGCUGUAAAGGGUACCCACGUGUUAUUGGGGGUAUUGAAAUUAAUCCAAGCCUCAAUUCAGUCAAAGUGGACUUGUAGUAUUUGCGCUGUAGCUCCCCUUAUUGGAGAUCAAUGAAGGCCCACCCAUCUCUGUUCCCCACCCCCUCUGUUCCCCAUGAUUUGGGGCAAAGUUCAGCAGGUUGGUUGGUGUGCAAUCUGAAGUCCACAAAAACACUACAGUGAAUACUAUAGUAAUUACUGUAGUAUUUACAGUUAACUAUAGUAUAAAUACUGCAGUGAAAGAAAACUGUAGUAUAUACUAUAGUAAUUAAUGUAGUAUUUUUGCGUAUUGUAGUAUACGGUAGUAUUUACUGUAGUGUUUUUGCGGACAUUAUUGUUGUAUUUACUAUGGUGUUUUUGUUUUAAUAUCUUUGACAUAGAAGUGGAGGCUUUCACAGUGUCUAGUAUAGUAUUCUACAGUAUACUACUGAAUUCUAUUGUAAACUGUAAUAAUUUUACAUGUGGGUUAUCUCUCCUCUCUAAUAUCUGACCCAGUUUACAAGAGGGGUCUUUAAAGGUGGGACUGACAGUGUGAUACAGAAACACUACUAACACCUAGUGAAUGACAGGCUACAAAGACAUCAACAAACACAACUCUGGGCCACCAGGUCUCCAUUUCCUGACUAGCGCUUUCAGUGGAAUAUGAUGAAACUGUUUUUGGCUGCAUAGAAGGACAUGCUAUGUGGGAGGCAAGCUUAACAGUGAUCAAGAGGACACAGGCUUGGCAAAACCUACAGAUAGUACACAGACUAUGCUAGCCUGAUAGUAGACUAUGCCAGGUAGCCUGGGGAUAUCUGUUCCAAUGAGACGCCGCAUUCUUUUACAUUACAACUCAAUUCCACAGCGUACACGGCCCGGACUUGUUGACUCACUGCUGAUUUUUAAAAAACAUUCAGAAAUUAGAUUAAAGAAGAUCAAGUCAUCAAUCGUCCAUUCUAACCCUGUCUGUCAACCCCUCCUUAAAUCCUGUACAAGCAGAAGGGGAGUGGUCACCAUAGAGAUGAAUAUAGUCUCUACAGAUAUGUCUAUGGUGGCUUAUUUUCUUUUAUAUGUAAAUCCCAAUACAACCAAAAUGCUCUCAACCCUACAAUAUUGGGAAUGCAGCUGACAGACACCACAAUACAUCAGAUGCAUGGCAGGUUUCAUCACUUCUUUUGUUUCACUCAGUGUGCAUCCCAAAUGGCACCCUGUUUCCUUAAUAGUGCACUACUUUUGACCAUGGCCACUAUAAAAGGAAUAGGGUUAGGGUUAGGGUUAGGGACACAGCCUCAGUGUUCCAGUGAAUAAUACAUAUCACAGACAGGUGAUGGUUUGGGAAGGGUUGGUGCUGCACCACAGAGCAAUGCUAUCCCAGUGAUGACAGACAAAUCAAAGUAAACAAGGAGCA